AUGUCAGCCGACCCGCCCCGCGGGCCAGGCAUCUGUGCGAUGCGCGGCUCGUGCGGCCGCGCCUCCAUGUUUGGCGCCGAGCUCCCGUGUCCCGACUCGGGCCCCGCCACCGAGAUGGACGACAAGGUUCACGACCUCCUCGCCACCGUCUGCGGGAGCGCCUACGACAUCCCCUCACAUGUCUGCUGCACCUCAGACCAAGUCAAGACUCUUGGCGACCAGCUAUCCCAAGCCGCCCCCCUGAUCGCGGCCUGUCCGGCGUGCAUCAACAACUUCCGCGCAUUCUAUUGCGACUUUACCUGCUCCCCGGACCAGAGCACCUUUAUGGCCGUUACCAAGACGCAGCGAACCACAACGGGCCAGAAGGCCGUCAAGUCCGUCGACUAUGCCGUGUCAGAUUUAUUCGCAACAGGCUUCUUCGAUAGCUGUAAGAGCGUGCAGUUUGGAGCUACCAACGGGUUCGCAAUGGACUUGAUUGGAGGCGGCGCGACUAAACCCCACGACUUUCUCAAGUACAUGGGCGACGUGCGGCCCGGUCUCGGCAGCCCGUUCCAAAUCGACUUCCCCACCGGGACGAAUUACUCGCGCACCCCGCUGUCGUGUACGGACGAGGGGAUCGAGUCGCGCUGCGCCUGCGCAGACUGUCCCUCCGUCUGUCCAGCGCUGCCCUACAUUCCGCCACCAGACGAACCGGGAUGUAAAGUCGGCAAGGUCAGCUGCCUCACCUUCUCCCUUCUCAUCGUGUACGGCGUUCUCCUCGCCAUCGGCCUCGCAUACUAUGGUACCCGUACGGCUCUGCGCGCCCGCCGGCGGCAGUACGAACGCAUGGCGUUAACCGACCCACCGCUCUCUCCCACCACGACUGGCCUCGAGGGGCUGGUCGGCCGUGGGUCCAGUGGCGCCGAUACCGACUCGGGGCCCAGCGGCAGCAUCCACUUCCGGCUAGGGCGCGGAGCGUCCCUCCUCGACCCUAUGGAACACCUCCAGCCAAAGCAGAACCAGAUAAACGCCGUCCUCCGCCGCUCUUUCUAUCGCCUUGGCCUCUUCUGUGCCUCCCAUCCGUUCUUGACUUUCGGCCUCGCUUCGCUGGUUAUCGCUAUCCUGAACGUCGGGUGGGUGCGCUUCGCAGUUGAGACCGACCCCGUACGCCUGUGGGUAGCGCCCAGCAGCGAGGCAGCCGCGCAGAAAGCCUUCUUCGACGAGUACUUUGGCCCGUUCUACCGCAGCGAGCAGCUGUUCAUCACGGCCGAGGGCGGAGGCACGCCAGUCUCUUACGGAACGCUGGACUGGUGGCUUGCCGUCGAGGGGCAGAUUAAGAACCUCGCCUCACCGGCCGGGACCACGCUCCAGGACGUGUGCUUCUCCCCCUCUGGCAAGGGCACGCCGUGCGUCGUCCAGUCCGUCAGCGCGUGGCUUGGCGACGACAUGGACCAGUGGGGAGACGGCUGGGCCAAGCGCAUCAAGGAAUGCGCCCAGCGCCCUGGCGAAUGCUUGCCAGACUUUGGGCAGCCGAUCGACCCCAAGCUCGUCCUGGGCGGCGCCAACGGCAAGUGGCUCGAUGCAAAGGCUCUUGUCGUCACAUACGUCGUUACCAACUACGAGGAGGGUGACGAGCGAUUACCCGCUACUGAAGAGUGGGAGCGCACUCUUGAGGCGUUCCUUACCAACCUCGAACCUCCGCACGGCAUCAAGGUAUCCUUCUCUACUGGCGUGUCCCUCGAAGAGCAGCUCAACAAGAGUACCAACACGGACGUCAAGAUUGUCGUGCUCUCGUACCUUGUUAUGUUCUUGUACGUAUCGCUGUCGCUCGGCGGCGGACGCGUGCCCAAGCGCGAAAUCGGGCGUAUGUUCAAGCGCCUCGGCGCCGAGAUCCACCAAUUCGCUUACCGCCUCGGCAUCGUCCGCACCUUGCCCGACCAUGAGGAGAUGGAGCCGUCGCUCAGCACUGUUCCGACGCUCCUCCUCGUCAACUCCAAGUUUACGCUCGGGUUGUUUGGUAUCGCCAUCGUGCUUAUAGCCGUGAGCACUUCGGUCGGUCUCUUUUCGUUCUUGGGCGUACGCGUCACCCUCAUCAUCGCCGAGGUCAUCCCGUUCCUCGUCCUCGCCGUCGGGGUUGACAACGUCUUCAUCUUAGUGCACGAGCUCGACCGCCAGAAUGCGCUCCACGCCGGGCCUGAUGCACCGCCACGGCCGGUUGACAGUGACAGCGACGACGAGGUCGAGUUUGGGAGAACCCCUGUUGCCGGGUUAAGUGCCGAGGAGCGGGUUGCGCGCGCAGUCGCUCGCAUGGGUCCGUCUAUACUGCUGUCGAGCACGACCGAAGUCGUGGCCUUUGCGCUCGGCGCACUCGUCCCCAUGCCCGCCGUCCGCAACUUUGCCAUCUACGCGGCCGGUAGCGUGCUCAUCGGCGCGCUCCUCCAGGUGACAGUCUUCGUCAGUGCGAUGGUGCUCGACCUCAAGCGCUGCGAGGCGGGUCGCAUGGACAUCUUCCCGUGUAUCCCGUUACGAGGCAAGAUCAGGCUCGACGAGGGCCCUGCUUCUGAGGGUGUAAUCCACCAGUUCAUCAGACGGGUGUACGCCCCGGCUCUCUUACAGCCAGAGGUCAAGCACGGCGUUCUCGCCGCCUUUGGCGCACUCCUCCUCGUCUCGGUCGUCGGCAUCCAGCGCAUAAACCUCGGCCUCGACCAGCGCCUCGCCCUUCCUCCCGACUCGUACCUCGUGCCAUACUUCAACGACCUUGACGCGCACCUCGACGUCGGGCCGCCCGUGUACUUUGUCGUGCGCGGCGGCGACCCAGCCAACCGCUUGGGACAACAAGAGCUCUGUGGGCGCUUCACAACUUGCAUGGAACUCAGCGUGGCGAACACCCUUGAGGCCGAGCGCAAACGUCCCGAUAGCAGCUUCCUCGCCGCCCCGCCAGCGGCGUGGAUCGACGACUUCCUGCAGUGGACGAACCCGGCAUUCGACAGCUGCUGCCGUGUGCGCAAAGCCAAUCCGGCUGUGUUCUGCCGUCCACGUGACUCGGAUCGCCUGUGCCAGCCCUGUUUCGCCGGCCGCGAGUGGGACAGCACGAUGGCCGGCCUCCCGACUGGAGACGAAUUUGACCGCCUCCUCAACCAGUGGCUUGUCUCGCCAGCUGACGACUCGUGUCCCCUUGGCGGACUGCAGGGCUAUUCUACCGCAGUAGCCCUCGACUCCCAGGGCACGCCGAACGCGUCCCACUUCCGCACGUUCCACACCCCUCUGCGCACCCAAAACGACUUUAUCAGUGCCCUCGCUGCGGCCCGCCGCAUCGCCGCCGACAUAUCAACGCGCACGGGACUAGACGUGUUCCCCUACUCGCUCUUCUACGUCUUCUUCGACCAAUACGCCUAUAUCCGGGGAAUGACUGUACAAGUACUGGCUCUCGGUUCGGGCGCUGUACUGGUAAUAUCCUCGGUGCUCUUGGGGAGCUGGCGAACAGGCCUAGUGGUCACGGGAACCUGCAUCCUAGCAGUCCUGAACGUGAUGGGCGUAAUGGGAUUCUGGCACAUCAGCCUCAAUGCCAUUUCGCUAGUCAACCUCGUAAUCUCGCUCGGCAUCGCCGUCGAGUUCUGCUCCCACCUAGCCCGGGCAUUCAUGGGUGCCGGCGGACUGGUCUACGACGAAAAAAGGGACCGUGACGAACGCGUCUACACGGCCCUAGUCGAAGUCGGUCCCUCUAUCUUUAGCGGGAUCACACUGACCAAGCUGGCCGGUAUUUCAGUUCUUGCGCUGACCCGGUCCAAGUUGCUCGAAACAUACUACUUCCGCAUGUGGCUCGCCCUCAUCCUCGCGGGGGCACUACAUGGGCUGGUAUUGCUGCCGGUGUUGUUGACGUACUUUGGCGGAGACGGGUAUGCUCUGGAAGACACGGAUGAGGAUUGGGUCACGAGCCAGAUGCGCAGGCCUAUGGACUAUGAGCGGGCGCCGUUUGAUGACGACGACGUACUGUCGGAUUAA